CAAGUGUAGUGUGUACCGCAGACACGCUUCGACUGCACUCAGUGGAGCGCCGAGACCUCGCCGGAUCUGCGACAAUCGUUUUCCUUGAAGCACCGGGAGAGAAAUAUAUAACAUUUUUACUUCCUUAUUGGGAAACAAACAUUGGAGUAUAUUAUUGCACCCGGAACAUAUUCAGUGCUGAUAUAUAAAAUAACACCUUAUUAAUUAACCCAGGUUUCGGCACAAGAUCUCCGAAGAAUGAUUUUUUUGUGUGGUUGUUGUCUUGGGCAUUCAGAGUAAUGGCCAAAUUACGUAUUUUUACACAUACACAAUAACACACGUUUAGAACAGUGCGUCAAUUUGAUAUUUACGGAUAAUAAUCAUAAAUACAUAGACAUCUUUGCUUGGAUUUUUCCACACAACAAAAAUCAUGUCGGUCUAUCACCGGUUACUUUCAAAAGAAGAAGGCGCAGAGAAGAGGGAUUUUACAAAGCCAAAUGUGAAUUUAAUUUAAGCACAAACACCGACUGAACUGCUCCUGCCAAGAAGCUAACAAGUGCAUUCUACGACGUAGAUGACGUCCUCGGAGCACAGGGUAUUCUCCACGAGGGAUGGUUCUGAAGCCCCGGCGGCAAGGGGCAGCUUCAUCGCUCCUACAGAAUAACUUCUCGGUUAGGUGGAACUCGAAAUUAAAAGGAGAUGACAAUUUCAUUGUUCUACUUCCUCGUCUGCACCUCCUGUCUACCUUAUAUCACCGCUGAGGAAGUCCCGAUACCUCGGGAACUUAUUGAGAGACUGUCGAAGAGCGAAAUCUACAGCAUCAGCGACCUCCAGCGACUCCUGGAGAUAGACUCCGUAGAGAAUGAGGUUAUGGACGAGACUAAACAGAGGUACCGUAAGGACCAUUCCCACAGCCACGCCCACCCCAAGAGCUCCCAGAUCCACAGCAGACGAAAGAGAAGCGUCGAGGAGGCUGUGCCAGCAAGCUGUAAGGUGCGGACGGUGAUCUACGAGAUCCCACGCAGCCUGGUGGAUCCCACCUCCGCCAACUUCCUGAUCUGGCCGGCGUGCGUGGAGGUGACGCGUUGCACGGGCUGCUGCAACACCAGCAACAUGCGCUGCCACCCAGUACGCACACACCACCGCACCGUGAAGGUGGCGAAGGUGGAGUAUGUCCGGAGGAGACCCAGGCUGAAGGAGGUGCAGGUGAAGCUGGAGGAGCACCUGGAGUGUGUGUGCACCUCCCAUCUUCACCUGGCAGGACACACAGAACCAGACACAGGGCCGGUGCGCGUUAGGUCUCCAGGAAAAAAGAGGAAACGUAAAAAGCUAAAGCUCAAGGAUUUAUUGGCCAUGUAAUGAAACAUUUAAAUAAUACAGUCUGUGGGGCCUGUGAGUCAAUCAGCAGGAGUGAGGUGAACCCCAAAGAUCAUGCCCCCAAACUGCCUUCUCCUGCCGCCCCCCCCCAACGGACACCAGCCACCAUCUCUCCUCUGUCUCAUUUGACGUGUCCUCCUUAAAAGACCGACCGUGACUGAAAUGAUAACGUCGUUAAGAUAUCCCGCAGGGACGUCUCGACCCCUUCAAGGCAUUAUCAAUCAAAUGCUGAUGCUGCACCGUUCACGGAACAGACCAGGAAUUGAGAGCAUUUUAAUCCUGCAAGGUUAAACCUUGAAUUUUACAAAUAUUUAGAAACUUUGGGGUGGCGGGAAACCAGCGUUGCCUCUGCACCAGACAGAACCCAAAAUGCAGGAUGACUGAUUAAGAAGAAAACUACAAAAAGACUGAAUGUGGCAUUGUGGCAGUGUGUCUUCUCAGACAUCAGCACCUCUCGUUGAACAGUGAGCGUGUCAGAUGUGAACGUGCCCUGUCUGGAUACCUGCGUGCAGACAUGAAGUUGACAUUUUCCUCUUCUUGUUGUGCUGUUGGGAUGAACUUGGUCUCUCUUCGAUGAGGAAAUACACACUAUACAUUUUUUCUCUUUAUAAGAAUAAAUACAACAUUAUGUCCUUAUUUUUGUAACCUUCAUGUGUUGCGCAUUGGAUUGUAUCCUGGUACAUAGAAAACGUAAUGCAGGGCUUGUUAGCCCAGCCUUUUCUAUUAAUAAUAAACUAUUUAUAUUUA